AUGGGGAAGCAGCACCAAAAUAUCGCUGCUCAGAUGAAGACCGAGCUGGAGGAACCGCUGGCCGCCUUUGCUGGCGCAAUGAAGGAAAGGCGCAAGAUUGUCCAGAAUGGUAUCGAAAAGAUUCUCAAGACCAAGAUACAGCAGACGCAGCAUGUCAACAAGACUCGGGAUCGCUUUGAGCAAGAAUGCCUCAAAAUCAAAGGUUACCUAGCACAAGGCCACAUGGUCAUGGGCCAGGAAGAGCGAAAAAAUAAGGCAAAGCUGGAAAAGACGCAGAUUAGCGUUGCGACAUCCAACACAGAGUAUGAGAACGCAGUGAAGGCCCUCGAGGAUACCACGGCGCGCUGGAAUCGCGAGUGGAAAGCCGCCGCAGACAAGUUCCAGGAUCUGGAAGAAGAACGGCUGGAUUUUACCAAGAGCAGUCUAUGGACUUUUGCCAACGUCUCCUCUACGGUCUGUGUCAGCGACGAUGCGUCAUGCGAAAAGAUUCGUCUCUCUUUGGAAAAGAUGGAUGUUGAGACUGACAUCGUCGGCUUCAUCAAGGAACGGGGGACAGGGCAAGAGAUUCCAGAUCCGCCAAAGUAUAUCAAUUUCUGCCGGGGUGAUGUCAACGAUACUCAGUCAGAAACAUCUGACGACGACAACUAUUCUGUCGCGCAAUUUCCGAGGAGCAUCAACCCAGCCUUUCGCACUUCUUCGCCGCAGCCGUCAACCUACGAAUCGCACCACGAUCCAAACUCCAGUCUUGCUCAGGAUCUGGGCCACAAAGAGCCUGCACCUGCAGCAACUAGAACGAUCGCCACGGACGCUGGACGAAAAGAAGGGAACUCAUCUUCGUCGAGGCACAUGGCACAGGACAUGUUGCGAAAGACAAGUCCCCCUUCUAGGAGCUUUGCGUCGGAUCUAGACCAUAAAGAUUUAAAUCCUACCCCGAGAACCUUUUUGUCAGACCAUGGGCAUAAAGAAGUCGGCUCUUCAUCUCGAGGCUUCCUAACAGACAUGAGCCACAGGGAAGCAACGAGCUCUUCAUCAAGAGGCUUUCCGUCAGAUGUUGGACCCAAAGACCCUAUUCUUGCUCCCCGGAGUCUUGGGCAAGACUAUGGGCUCAAAGAUGCCGGCGCGUCUGAGAGGAGUCACACUCAGGAAAUCUCACUGGCUAGGGAGAUCAUGCCUCCCGUUGCCCGGGAAGCCCCAAGCCUUUCCCAGAGAAUGCCACCACAGCUUGAGAAGCAACGACAAGUGGCGCCAGUCCCGCCGGCAUCUCAGCCGCAGAGCCGUCUUCCUCUCGAUAUCAAGCAGCACGGUACUUUUGCUUCAAUUCCCCACGACCCAUACCCUCUCGAUGGCAUGACAAUGCUAUGUCGAAAAGGACCUCCAUCGGAACGCAGCUCGCAUCCUGCGUCGGCAAGACCGUCCAGCCGCGAUUCUCAAAGUGACUACUCCAACCCAACCUCGCUCUCUAGUCAGGAGCCCUCGAGCGGUAAGGUCUCGCCGAUCAAGCACGAACCAGUUAGCGUACCCGCAUCAGUACCGGCUCAAGCACAAGCACCGUCACCGGCCUCGGCAACGGCGGAAAAGCAGGUCCUCAAGAAGAAAAGUGGUUUCUUUCAGAACCACAGCCCGUUCCGUCGCAAAAGCACCAAGGAAGUUCAGGGCACUACCACAAACAGAAACACUUGGCAUCCUGUAUCUACGCAAGGAAGCCCCUCACGUCGACCGCAGGUAUACACGCAAGACGCCCCGAGUCUGUUGGCGGGCAGAUCAACGAUAAGUCCUGAGCCGAUUGACGCCAAUGCCAGUCUGGCGUUGAACGUCGGACAAAAUGUAUUCUCUGUUACGACGCCGGAUCUCGAGAAAAGAAAAGGAUCAAAUACACCGAGCGCACAGCCUGAAACGGAUCCUAUUGCGCUGGCCCUCGCCGAACUCAAGGGUGUUGGUGUAGGCAAGCAGUCUAGCAUCCGUGUCUCGGCAGACCGCUACCACGGCAUUGCAACACCCACUCCUGGCUCGCAGCCGUUUUCUCGAUCGGUGCCGCCAGCUGCAACCAAUGCCGCUGUCACAGCAGGGCUUCGAGGAACGCCCCCUCCUUCUUACGACCAACAAGUGGUGCAGAGACUUGGGGUUCCGCCACAGGCCGUCACGGCCAAGGCAAUGAAGGAAACGUCUCAGAAGUUCGCCGACCAGACUCGCAGCAUGUUCAACCCGGCGAAUCGGCCUGGAUCGGGAGGAUAUGCGGGCUCAUCUAGUCCUCGGCCCAUGACCAGGGCCAAAGCACUGUACAUGUACCAAGCAGCGAUCCCGGAGGAGCUGGGCUUCUCCAAGGGAGACUUCCUUGCAGUGCUGCGGCAUCAAGACGACGGUUGGUGGGAAGCGGAGGUACACGGGGGCAACGGCCAGAUCGGACUCGUUCCGAGUAACUACCUCCAGCCUUGCUGA